UUUUGGGCAGAGAAACAAAUCUCUCAUAGCAUUCCCCAGGGUGGGAAAGACCCAGAGAGACUGUGUUCCUAGCCCACCCAUCUGACCUCAAAUAACAUUAAGUGUUCUGAUCUUGAGCCCCAACUUUGGCCUCGGUUUGUGCUGAGCUUUCGAGUGUGUCAAAUCACUGUAUCCUUACAAGGAAUUUAGAAAGGAUUAUGAUAUACCCAUUUUACAAGUGAGUAAACGGGCUGAGGAUUAGGACGGACAGGACCGGAAUCUAGCUCUGGUGCAGAGCCAGCUCUUCAUCACAAACGUAAGGGUGAGGUGGCAUCUUCAUGGUUCUCAUUUUCUGGGUGUGGGUAACCCCGCCCCCCUUGGCCUCUACAUCCUUUGGGUCUCGCUGAGGUAGAUGGCGGGGGGCAGCUGGGAGGUCUGCAUCAGCCAGUUCCUGGAGUAUCGUUAAAAUGAGAUUCUUUUUCUCCAUUUGCUUCAACUUUCAUGGCUGUCUCACGCACUCCCCUGCCUUCUCCCGGCCCGACUCUGAACAUCGCUACCCACCCGAGGGAACCCCGGAGCCUUGCCAGCUCUACAAGAUGGGAAUUUCGUGACGCUCCCUGCCUGACUUCGGGGAGGGCGGGUGUCCCUGAGGCGCUCAGCUACCGGAGCCGCAGGAGGCAGAGCCAUGAAUGACCGAAACAGUCGGAGGCGGAUGAUGAAGAAGGACGAUGAGGCCUUCGAGAUCUCCAUCCCCUUUGAUGAGGCACCCCACCUGGACUCUCAGAUCUUCUACAGUCUGAGCCCCUCCAGAGGGAAUUUCGAGGAGCCUCCAGAGGCUGCGUCCCCUACCCUAGCCCUAAUGAACAGCGUCAAGGCCCAGCUGCACAUGGCCCUGGAGAGGAACUCCUGGUUGCAGAAGCGCAUAGAGGACCUGGAGGAAGAGAGGGACUUCCUGCGGUGUCAGCUGGACAAAUUUAUCUCUUCUGCCCGGAUGGAUGCAGACGACCACUGCCGGGUGAAGCCUGGGCCUCGGCGAGCAGAGGGGGAUAGCAGGGCCGGGGCUGCAGGCGAGGCCUCGGAGCCCGAGUCCGCGGCCUCCUCCUUCAGCGCGGCGUCGGAAGAGGGCAGCGCCGGUGAGAGGCGGAGACAGAGGCAGAAAGGAGGCGCCAGCCGGCGGCGUUUGGGGAAGCCUAAGGCCCGGGAGCGGCAGCGGGUGAAGGACGCAGACGGGGUCCUCUGCCGCUACAAGAAGAUCCUGGGCACCUUCCAGAAGCUGAAGAGCAUGUCACGCGCCUUUGAGCACCACCGCGUGGACCGCAACACCGUGGCGCUGACAACGCCUAUCGCUGAGCUGCUUAUCGUGGCGCCUGAGAAGCUGGCCGAGGUGGGCGAGUUUGACCCCUCCAAAGAGCGCCUGCUCGAGUACUCACGCCGCUGCUUCCUGGCCCUGGACGACGAGACGCUGCAGAAGGUGCAGGCCCUCAAGAAGAGCAAACUGCUGCUCCCCAUCACCUACCGCUUCAAGCGGUGAUCCUGCCCGGCGGCCCGUCAGCCCUGUGCUUCUCCCCUCCCGCACCGCCCCCUUUCGCCCCAGGUCCCCUGGUACAGACCGAGCAUCCUUCGCUCCCUGGGCUGGAGGGGUCUCAUCGGACCAGGCUCCUAGGAGCUGCUGCCCACAGGCCAGCCCUGCCAACACUGGGCCCAUUUGCUGCUGGGACCCCCCCCAGGAGGGCCGGGCGUCCCUUUCCCCGGGGAGGGGAGGUAGGGAGUGUCUGUCUUUGCCCCGUCUCCAUCUCUAGCCCCAGGACAGGCUGCCCACCCUGUUUCCCUGCCAGGAGCCGCCCACUCAGUUCUGGACUGAUCAUUCCAUGUGAGACAGAGAAUUAUUCAGAGAAUUUAAAUUAAAAGAGACGUGAAAAUUUGGAAUAAACUGGGCCUCAGCC